ACGUCAUUUCCGCUCGUGGCUUGGCAGGGAGGAGGCGGGGUGCUGAAAUGACAUUCGGCCCCACCAACCAAAGCAUAUUUCCCGAAGCCCCUUGAUUAGGAGCAAUAAAGCGCUCUUGACAGCCGUCCAGGAAGACGGAGACACUUAUUAGCCAGAUAGCUGGCUGAACACCUUACGGCAAAAUGGCGGCGGGUAAUGUCAACCCGUUUAACGUGAGUGAUUCGGAGGAGGAAGAGGAGCAGAGGCAGGAUGAGGACACCGAGCGCAGCCCGAGUGAUGAAGCGCAAGGCCAUAGCCUCGGCCCCUUCUCCCCGCCGGCGUACUCCGAGCCAGCCGUUCUGCUGUCCAGCAACAGAACAAGCCCGAGUGUGGACGGUAUACCCGCGUCGGCCGCUGCGGUGGCUGGGAUCGGAGGAGGAGGCGCAGAGACUCGGGUGUCGCUGGAUGCGAUCGCCGCGAAGCUGCUCCAGGAUCAGUACAUCCUCACGGCCCUGGAGCUGCACACCGAGCUGCUGGAAGCCGGACGCGAGCUGCCUCGCCUGCGGGAUUAUUUCUCCAAUCCAGGCAAUUUCGAAAGGCAGAGCGGAACUCCACCCGCAUGCAAAGAGCAAGGUGUCGGUCCUGGAGGUCCACUUAAUCGAGCUGGCAGCAUUAGUACAUUGGACUCCUUGGAUUUCGCACGGUAUUCAGAUGAUGGCAACAGAGAGUCAGACGAAAAAGUGGCAGUUCUGGAGUUUGAACUGCGGAAAGCCAAGGAGACCAUUCAGGCUCUUCGUGCCAACUUGACUCAGGCUGCAGAAUGUGAGAUUCCCUCUCAAGAGAGAAAGAACUACAAAUCCAGUCCUGAAAUUCAGGAACCUAUCCGCACUCUUGAAAAGAGAGCCUUGAAUUUUUUAGUUAAUGAGUAUUUAUUGAAAAAUGAAUAUAAGUUAACGUCCAUCACAUUCUCAGAUGAAAAUGAUGAUCAGGAUUUUGAGUUGUGGGAUGAUGUGGGUCUAAACAUUCCCAAACCUCCAGACCUGCUGCAGCUCUACAGGAACUGUGGGAACAGCCUGCCAUUGCAUCGGGAUACUGUGGAUGUGGCGGUCAGUGUGGAUCUGAAUGACUUGCCAGGAGACUAUUUUACCCAGGAACCUGUGCAGCAAACUGAGGCUGUACAGCAGCAGGAAGUGGUUCAGGAGCUGGAAUAUCAGAUCAGCCUGCUGAACAGUGAGAAACAGAGUCUGGCUGAACAGAUUAAAAAACUCCAAAGUGAUAUACAGGCACUUCAGAGGAAUGUUUCAUCAGAACCCACAUCUGCAGUGAAGUUGAUUCAGUCUAAAGAAGACACUCCAUGUGGUAAACCCCCCCUAGACAAUGGACAGUAUUUGGACAUACGAGGGGUCACAGAAAUGGACAGCUCCUCAGAUGCCAACACUACAAAGACCUCAACCACUACUACUGUUACUACUGACUGCACUGAAAGCACCACUACUGCUACACAACCUUACAACAAACUAAAGAGUCAGCAGGGUAAAACCUCUGUGCAAUUUGACCAACCCAACAGAAAGCUGUCUCCGGUCUUCCACCAAGCACUUUUGUCCUUCUGUCGAAUGUCUGCUGACAGUCGGCUGGGCUCAGAGGUGUCUCGAAUCGCUGACAGUGAGCAGAGCGUCAUGCUCAUGCUGGGCCGCUGUCUGCCACACAUCGUACCCAACGUCCUGCUGGCCAAGCGAGAGAGAAUGGUUGUACACCUCUGUCAGGAGUUGAUUCCUCUCAUUCUGUGUACGGCCUGCCUGCAUCCCGAGCCCAAAGAAAGAGACCAGCUACUGCACAUCCUCUUUAAUCUUAUCAAGAGACCUGACGAUGAGCAGAGGCAGAUGAUUCUGACCGGGUGUGUGGCAUUCGCCCGGCAUGUGGGUCCCACUCGGGUGGAAGCCGAACUCCUGCCACAGUGCUGGGAACAGAUCAACCACAAGUAUCCAGAGAGAAGACUUCUGGUGGCGGAAGCAUGUGGAGCCCUGGCCCCUUAUUUACCCAAGGAGAUUCGAAGCUCUCUGGUUCUGUCCAUGCUCCAGCAAAUGUUGGCAGAAGAUAAAGCUGAUAUGGUUCGAGAGGCAGUGGUGAAAAGUUUAGGCAUUAUAAUGGGCUACAUUGACGACCCAGACAAAUACUCCCAGGGCUUUGAGCUGAUGCUGUUGUCUCUGGGUGACCCAUCAGAGAGGGUGGUCAGUGCCACCCACCAAGUGUUCAUUCCAGCCUUCGCUGCCUGGUGCACAGAACUGGGCAACUUACAGUCCCAGCUCAUCCCCUCGCUCCUCACACGCAUCGAGAAGCUGCUCAAGCAGGGUGAAUAUGGUCUAGAUGAACACAAGCUGCAUAUGUAUCUGUCAGCACUUCAGUCCCUCAUCCCGUCUCUGUUUGCGGUGCUGCUUCAGAACGCCCCCUUCACCAGCCGAGCCAAACUACAGGGCGACGUGCCUCCAAUCGAGGUGACCCGAUUCCCGCGGCCAGUCUCCCCGUUGCAGGACGUGGCCACCAUUGUGGGCAGCCGAGAGCAGUUGGCAGUUCUGCUGCAGUUAUAUGAUCAUCAGCUCCAGCAUGAAGGAACUACAGGAUGGGACAGUUUGCUCUGGGUGGUCAACCAGUUUUUACCACAGCUUAUAGAUAUUGUAGGACGCAUCAACGUCGCCUCAUCCACCUGUGUGCAUGAGUUCUCCAGGUUCUUCUGGAGAUUAUGUCGAACGUUUGGGAAAAUCUUUACCAACACUAAGGUAAAACCUCAAUUUCAAGAAAUCCUGCGGCUAUCUGAGGAGAAUGUGGACGCCUCCGCAGGAAACGACAUCCUUACAAAGGCUACGGUGCCGAUCUAUGCAACCGGAGUCCUGACGUGCUACAAUCAGGAGGAGGACCGUAAACUCUUGAUUGGCUUUCUUGAGGAUGUCAUGACCACGCUGUCUCUCUCCCAUGCUCCCCUUGACAGUCUAAAGGCUUCAUUUGUAGAGCUUGGGGCAAACCCAGCAUAUCAUGAGCUUCUACUGACGGUGCUUUGGUAUGGAGUGGUUCAUACAUCUGCACUGGUACGCUGCACCGCUGCACGCAUGUUCGAGCUGUUGGUGAAGGGGGUGAAUGAAACUCUAGUAGCUCAGAGAGUUGUUCCAGCACUUAUCACUCUCUCCAGUGAUCCUGAAAUCUCAGUGAGGAUAUCAACAAUACCUGCCUUUGGAACAAUUAUGGAAACCGUAACGCAAAAAGAGCUGCUAGAGAGAGUGAAAAUGCAGCUGGCCUCUUUUCUGGAAGACCCCCAGUAUCAGGACCAGCAUUCUUUGCACAUGGAAAUCAUCAAAACAUUUGGAAGAGUAGGACCCAACGCAGAGCCCCGCUUCAGAGAUGAAUUUGUUCUUCCUCAUUUGCACAAACUGGCUCUGUGCAACAACCAGCAAACGGUGGAGAGUAAAAGAAUUGACAUUGCCACUCAACUGUUUGAGGCAUACAGCGCCUUAUCCUGCUGUUUUAUUUCUGAAGAACUCAUGGUAAAUCAUUUCCUCCCUGGUCUGAGAUGUUUGAGGACUGAUAUGGAGCAGCUCUCUCCGGAGCAUGAGGUUAUUCUGAGUUCCAUGAUAAAGGAGUGUGAAAUAAAGAUGGAGAACAAAGGCAUUGGAGAGGCACAAGGGUCCAUCUCUAUUGCAGCGAGUCUGGUGGGUGAGGAUGCAAAGACCAAGUUUCUAAGUAAGAUGGGCCAGCUGACCACCUCAGGUGCCAUGCUGGCGAAUGUUUUCCAGAGGAAGAAAUGAAAGCUGCUUGGGGUGUUUCCCACGACCCUCCACUUUCUGGGAUCUCCUACUUGAAGUCAAUCGUCUGCCUUUCUUUUGUUCGUCUUUGAUUUGAUAGGCUAUAUUUUUAACAUAUUUAUGUCUUACAUUUUUUUCCAGCUUCCAAAGAAAUUUGCACUCAUGUGUCAAUGUUUUCCUUUUUUUUUAUUAUGAUUUUAUUUCAGAGGCUUAUUUGCAUCCACUGCACCUGUUUUUGUUAGUUUUUUGGACAAUGUGAACUUUAUGAAAUCAAAA